AUGCACUCGAUACGCCUAGGCGACAAGUCCGUGCAGCACGCGUUCACGGGCAGCCCAAACAUAGAACAGACAGAUUCCGUGAUUGACCUAAAGCUGGUGACAAGAGACGAUGAUGAUGAUAAUAAUAAUAAUAAUAAUAAUAAUAAUGAUAAUGAUGAUGAUGAUGGUGAUGAUAAUGUUGAUGAUGAUGGUGAUGUUGAUAAUGAUGAUGAGGAUUAUGAUGAUGAUGAUGUUGAUGAUAACGAUAAUGUUGAUGAUGAUGCCAAUGCGUUCCACAACUGUGAGGACCCUCGUGAUGCUGUGCCGAAUUUGCAAGAUCUAGGCACGAAAAAUCCAGCAACGUCACUAGGAGAGGUAUGGCCAAGCAGUCUCAUAUGCUCAGCUAAGGGUGAACAAAGUCGUAACGUGCGCGGGGACGAAUUGAUGGAUGCUCUAAAAUUCAGUGCCGUACGAAGUCUCAUCGUAUAG